UAAACAGUAUUGAACCAUCAAAACGCACAACAGGCUAGGCACAGAAUCAUAAGAACACGCAGUCUCAGACUGCUCUGUAUUCUACUCAGUCCCAAAUUAUACAAGUUAAUCCCUUACGGAGUAAAACUGUAGGGUUUCAGUUUUGUAAACUGAAGAUGGACUGGUCGUCGAUACAGGGCUUUGAAGUGUCACCGACAACUACUUGGAACAGAACCGGGGCAUUAUUUCUUGGCCCGAGAGCAGACAACAGUGCCGAAUUUACCUCUAUGGCAUUAGAAGCCUUUGAGAGUCAUGUCAACUUUAGAAGAAACUUUUUUCCAUGUGAUCCCGAGUUUGUAACGGAAGACAUGCGCUCCUCGAGCUCAUUCAAAGACACACUGAGCAAGACUCGGGACGAGCUAAGAAUUAUGCAGAAAGAACUAGAAGGCUCGGUCCCAUUCUUUUCGCCACGGUACAAGGGCCACGUGAAUUGGGACACUCUGAUGCCGUCCAACCUGGCGUACAUCACCGCCAUGAUGUACAACCAGAACAAUUGCGCCACAGAGGGGUCCCCCGUCACCACUAGGUACGAGGUCGAGGUGGGACGGGACCUGUGCGCCAUGGUGGGGUAUAAGCCCCACCCCUCCAUGGGGCACGUCGUGGCAGGAGGAAGUUUAGCGAAUGUGGAGGCCAUUUGGGCGGCAAGAAACCUCAAGUUUUACGCGCUCGGCCUGAGCGAUGCGAUAAAACACGAGGAUCGGCUGAGGGCGGCUAGGACUUGCGAGGUUUAUUUGCCGCACAAGGCCAAGUGCGUUCGCCUCGUGGACGCGACCAACUGGGAGUUGUUGAAUCUUGAUGUCGACUCUAUACUUGAUUUGCCCAUGAAGGUGGCACAACUAUGCAGCAUCUCUAUGGGUAACCUGUCUCAGCUGACGGCUGAGUACAUGUAUGAGGGCAUGGGUCCUUACGAGUUUCAUCUACGUCACAAUCUCAAGGCCAGUCCGUGUUGCCUGGGUACGAGUUCUGCACACGUCUCUCUCGCGAAGGGCAAUACCAUAUUAGGGCUUGGCAAGAAACAUCUUAUCAAAGUGCCCCUUAACGAAGAUGCCCGGAUGGACACGGAAAUUUUGCGAGAGCUGCUGGAAGAGAAACUAGCCAAUCAGAUCCCUGUCAUCAGCGUGAUAUGCAUCAUGGGAACGACUGAAGAGAGUGCCGUAGAUCCGCUGACCGAAAUACUUGCGAUACGAGAAGAGAUGACUAAAAAAGGUCUGAGUUUUACUAUCCACGCGGACGGGGCAUGGGGAGGGUACUUCUGCUCCAUGCUGCACCCCUCACCGGACCCCCCACAACACGCCGAUCCCUUGAGCCCGCGAUUCAUCCCAAAGCUUGGCCUGAGCUCCUACACUCAAGCCCAGCUCUCCGCAUUGCGUCACGUGGACACGGUUACCAUCGACCCGCAUAAAAGCGGCUUUUGUCCCUACCCCGGUGGGGCGAUUUGCUACCGGGACAAGAGGAUAAACGAUUUUCUAGCGGUCAGCAGCAGAGUGAAUUAUUACCAUGGUGACGUCAUGUUGGGAAAUGUUGGCAUCGAGGGCUCCAAACCUGGGGCAGCAGCAGCGGGAAUCGUCAUGGCGCAUAGGGUUGUGGGUCUCCAUCAGGGUGGGUAUGGGCACAUUCUGGCCGAGUGCAUGUUCGCCUCUAAGCUCAUGUAUUGCAUGUGGACGUGCUUGGCCCGUGAUGACGAUCCAUUUUUUGUGAUCCCUACCAAACCGUUGCCACCCGAUCGCACUCAUCAGGAGCCCAUCAAGUAUAUGCGUGACAAUAUCAUCGGGAGAACAAACGCCGAGAUAGCAAAGAAUGCAGAAGCAAUGGAAUACCUGCGAGAGAUUGGGCCCGACACUCUGAUCCCUUGCUUCACGUGGAACCUGAAAGGCAACACAAACGUAAACCUGUUAAACCGGAUGGUUGAAGUGCUGCUUGCUGACCUGAGCAUGUCACGUGAUAACAAGCCAGCACACAGGCUACCCAUGGUGAUAACAGCGUCCACGCAUAGGCAUGAACAAAUGAGUGACUCCCUCAAUAAGCUGAAACAGAGGCUGGGGCUUGACACACAUGACACCACAGGAGUCCGUUACGUCAUCACCAGUUGCAUGGAUCCGCAGAUAGCCGGCACAGGGAUCCUGAGCGAGCUCGCCGCCUAUAUGAGAAACGCAAUUCUCACUGCCAUCACAGCGGUGACCGAUGUGAAAGUACACCAUGAUCUGGUAACCGCUGGACAGCUCGUAGACGCAGGCGACUCCAGACAGCAGAUGGUUGCGUACUAUGCCGGCCGACUGACUGACCCCUCUCGCCAGUACUUCGCGGCCAUCAAACUCGAGUUCUGUAACCCAUCCAUAGGGAGGCUUUUGUCCGCGGUGCAUUAUGGGAAUGCAACACUCGUCCUGCGCUGCGUAGAGAAAGAGACGAUACACGAUUUGUUGCUAGGCAAUGGCGAGCGGAAGAAAGACCAGAAGCACGGAGGCGUCAUUCCAGUCGGUUGCUACGCGGGAAUGCCAGGGGGGAGCAGAAGACCCCUCAUGUUAACCAUCGUCCGGGUGGUGGACGUGGCGCGCUUUGAACAUUUCGAUAUCAUCGCUGACCAGUGCCCCGAAUCAGUACGAUACUUCAUGUAUGGUUUUGACGACAAGGCCUACAUUAUGCACGUGCCAACAAAGAAGUUGGAUUUCUUUCAGAUGGCUGAGUUGGCCCGUGUACCAGACGGUGUUACCAAGGUCGUUCUCCGCCACGGCGCGGAAAUCAGCUUUCCCCUUCUUGGGUCCCCAUGGGAGUACCCAACCGCUGACCCACUCGGCACAUGCCAUGACGUGCACUUUAUUGGAGAGAAUGGUGUCAGGAGGACGACGACGAUUGAAAUCGCGAGGAAAAUCUGGUUUGAUACCGGCGAGCUUUUUGAGGAUCGAUCUAAGCCUGUCCGUCAGGGAUUCAAGCGAAGCUGCAGUCACGACGAGUCUCAUUCUACCCCUCGUCUGCCCAAUCUCACAAGAUUCCGUAAUGGAAGCCUUUGCGAGCACACGAAGUUGAAUUGUGCGUGCAAGGUCCCAUGUAGCUAAAUAGAUAUGCGACCUCUCUACGCAGACUUCGCCAUGACAACGUGUUCGAGAUCGAUGACCGCCAGUGACUCUGGAACCCUUUAUCUGACGUGUUGUCAGGGCAUGGGGGGGGGGAGGGGGGGAAGGAGGGAGGGUCAGCAGGGGCUUUAAGAAAUCAUCCCCUCCCCCCUUAAAAUCCUGGCCACUGGCUAAUUUACUCGCAAUUGAUCAACCUGGUCUUUUCUCAGCGGCGUAGCCAGGAUUUUUAACAGGAAGGGGCCAUGAAAAAUGAAAAUCCCAAAAGACUAGAGCAUCUGUUUUUAGUUUUCUAAGGGUUUUCUAUGAUAGUUGUACAUAGUAGUAUUAUUUAUCAAAAAUAGAAGGUUAGAGAAAAUUCAUGUUAGUUAACUCAGUUAGCAGAGAAACUUCACCCAGAAAAGGUUAGGGUGGAAGGGGGGAGGGAGAGGGGUGUGGGAGGGAGAGGGUUUUUUUAGACAAACCAAAAAAUUAUAAUUGUCCUUUUGGUUAGACAAUAGGUGACUUGGAAAAUAUUGGUAUCGUUUUCAUAAAUGUAACCCCCUUUGUAAAUUUUCAAAUCAGCACUUUGAUAAAGGGGUAAGAAUUCUCAAACUGAAGAUCUAAAUGUUCAAAAUUGUUGAUUAAUCAAAUAAUCGUAUGUUUGUUAGUAGAGUGGAAAUCCGCUAACUCGAACUCACCGAUAAACCGAGCUGACUUCAAGA